UGCGAUUCAUUUUUAAGAAAAAAUACUAAGAAAUGUAUUGUGGUAAUUGUUCGGAAGGAGUAGUGGAAGCUAUAGAAACUCUUACAAAAAUCUAUGGAAUACAUAAGUUUACAUACAGGGUGACACCGGCAGGUCGUCACGCUUUGACCUACGACGAAGAAUCCUGGAAACCAAAUGAAGAAGAAAAGUCGAAAGAAAAGAGCGAAUUCUCGCGAUCUGCAGACGCGCGUCAAAGUAAAACAAAACGUGUGAAGAACUACCUAAAAAAAUGCAAAAACGCGCUUGGUAGUCGUUCGAAUAGUUCGGAACAAUCUUCCAACGGGGAACCUGGUCCUUCGUCUUGGUAUCUGGAUAACCCUUUAGGAAUACUCGUUAACGAAAGUCAGGUCAAUGAAUUAGAAGAUGUUUUUGAAGACGCGCAAGUCGACGUUAAUCUCGGCAGUAAAAAACUUGAAGUUGCUAAUGUCGUUGAAGUUAAAGGUCCUAAACCCGACCAAACGGUCGAAACGGAUGACGUUUUAAAGGUUACUCCGUUAAGUAAAGAAGCCUUCUCGCCUCCCUUGAUUUCCAUGCAAGAGACGGAUGACGAAAGCGACGAAAUUUUGUAUAAAGAUUGUGAAGAAACCAAUUUUCAACAAGAGCAGACCAAAUGCUCGGUUAAAAGUGAGGCUGAAAGCUUGGUUGAUAAAUAUUUCGGUGGUUUAUACAAAAAUUAUGAACAAUCCCGAAAAUGUUUAAUCAGACAAGCAAGGGAUUUACUUGUCUGCGACUACCAUGGAUGCUUGAUUAGGUUUGAAAAAGAUUUCUGUAUCCCAGCUUUAAAACUACUUCAACGAAUUAAGAAUGAGAAUACCUCUGACAUCACAUUAUCAACUGGUUGGCCGCUAUGUCACGGAAAAUCAGGAAUAGUCGCCCAUCUAGGCCAACUAGACCCCUCCACAGUCCGUAACCGGGACUGUUACCUUUGCGUCCGCACCCGCAGCGCGCCAGGCAUAGAAGUAACCCUCUUCUGGCGCAACAACCACGAGCUCCAUUGGCGUACAAUCGCCGAGUUUCGCGAUCCGCUGCAAAACCUAGAUGACAUCAUGUGUUCGAGUCUGAGAUCGCCCGCCGACCUGGAGAUCAGUUCCUACGAUGAUUACGACGGCAGAGAACUUCCGGAGUUGCUUCAGAACUUGCUGGUGUCGGUGGAACACGCAAUCAAACGGGUGCCGCUCGACGAUCUCGCGUUUCCGUGUCCGCAAUGCCUGCAGUUUUUGCCGGUUGAUCGCCUGGACGAAGAUCCUUCGUCCUGCGUCUGUCAGUGCUCGUGUCGGUUACCGGAAAGUCCUGCCCCUAUGAAAAACAUUUCCGUACAAACUAGUCCCAUGUUCGAGUUCGUUAAUUCCAUACCGCAUAUUGAUAGCGACGAGGAUGACGAGAAGGAAUCGAUUCGUUCUGGUUCAUCAAACAAACGCUUAGAAGUAGCCAGGCCUAAACGGAUUACCGAGCUACCGGAUAAACUUUUGAUGUCAGGCAUAAAUUUGCCAGGAACUAUCGAUAAAGAAGGAAGACCUAUUAUCCUGGGAUAUGCAGAAUGUAUAUCACGUGCAGGACUAAAUAAAUAUGAAAUCGCCAAGUUAUUGCUGUACUAUGCUUCUAUUCCUACUGUUGAUGGUAAUGAAAAAGAGUUCACAAUACUUCUACUAGCAGAAAACGAAGCAGAUUACAAAGUUUUAGAACUACUAGAUAAAGCCGUAUGUCUUACAUCAUCAUCCCUAAAUAUAAGAAGAUACCUGGUUUGGACACCCGGCAAUAAAAAACAAGAAGAAAAUAGAUUGCCUAGUCAAACACAGACAAUAUUCGUAACCGAUGAAACCGCCCUGGAAAGGUACCUGAAAAAAGAUCAUGCACCGGCCAGUUGCGGCGGUUCUUGCACUCACGACCAGCUGGAAUGGGUGGAGUUCUUCAAACAGCUCGAGCCGUUUAUUUCCGAAUGCAAGAAGGCGGCCAGGAGCAUUUUGUCCACCUUAUCGCAACUUCGAAACGAGGAAAUGCCGCACCAGAUAACUAGGAAAUUUUUGAAUCAUCAAUGCAGACAAAUAACCAAAGCAUUGGAAUCGGAGACCGUGCAAAAGCUACGGCGAGAGGGAAAGAAGACUUUGGACAGCAUCUCCGAAAGGAGUCAAUGGCUACCGCACUGCAAGGACGUAAAGAGGAGCGUAAGCUUCGCCUACGAUUCCCACAAUUCCGUGGAAAGGGUCGCCAAAAGGUUGGAACAACUUAAACAGGAGAGAAUUGAAAGGAUGAAGGAACUGGCCAGGUUCAGAACCCUGCAGACCGAGGCCGAAGAGCUUUCAAACUGGAGCAACAAAGUCGGUGGUGAGACUUUGAAUGGUUUAAUUUUACGCCUUCGGUCGACCGUGGACGCGGCUGGCGCCAAGAAUGUGGCCAAUGAUUUCGAAAAAUUUUUCUUUAGUGCAUGGAGGCAAUAUGAAAAAUCGAAAGACCUAGUGAAGGAAUGCAAAAACAUUAAGACUCCAAAAGGUCAAAAUCCGAUGGAGGAGAUCAACAAAUUAGAAUUGAACAUGGAUGGUUUCAAGGAGAAACUGGAAGAUACGAGGGAACGUAUUGAGGAUACCUCAAGAUGUUUCCUUCUUUUGGAGUCUUGCCACGAUAUUCUUGAAGACGAUAAUAAGGAACAGGAGGAAUUUAUAAAACUGGCCGAAAAAACUGGAAAUGAGAAGUUAAUUCAAAUAUGCAAGGCUGUACAAAAAAACGAGGAAACUAAACCCAACCAGCCACCUGACAAAGACAAGUCCUACACUACGGACGAAAUCAGCGCCACCAGCACGCCACUGAAAACCCAGAACACGCAGAUCAGAAGGAGGUCCGUGAGCUCGGUGGCGUUCAUAUACCACUGCAACCACCACGCGGCCGGACAACAAUGCAAUUGCUACGAAUCGGACGCGGAAAACUCCGUGUCGUACAAACUGAAAAAGCGGUACAUCGCCCUGCAAAACUGUGCCUGUAGUGGUGUGAGUGGUAACAAGGACUCUUUGGAGCGGAAAAAUAGCGGUACCCUGGAUGGUAUCAAGGAGGAAAGUGUGGAGAAUCUGUUGGAGAAAAUCGAAUCUGAUCGGAAUGAGUGUAAACGUUGUGAUAGCGGGUUGUCGACCGCCGACAAUUCCGUGGGUGAAGAGAGUGUUUAUAAUAAGAAAAAAUUGCAAAGGACUUGCUCUUGUCAGCAUUAUCGCGAGGGUUGUAAUCUGUGCAGCGCAGGCAGUUCCAGUGCUGGUUCAAAUCCGGACCAGAUGGAUAACCAGCAGGACAGUAUUAUUGAAGAAGGAAGUGAUGGAUUUAAUAAAAGCAAUAGUAGUGGCGACAUUGAAGACGAUCCGUAUACCGAAGAAAGAAGAAAAGUCCCUCCUGUAUCAGCCAAUAAUCACUUGUAUUGUCACGCUUCAACUUUAGACUUACCGUCAGAUGCCUUGUAUAAUAACAUGGACCCAAAGACUCAAAAAACACUUACGUAUAUAAUUAAAGAGAUGAUAGAAACUGAACGGGAUUACGUCAAAUCCUUAGACUACGUCAUAGUAAACUAUAUUCCCGAAUUGCAACGAGAGGACAUUCCGCAAGCGCUCAGAGGUCAAAGGAAUACCGUUUUUGGAAACGUGGAGAAAAUCUACGAAUUCCAUAGUCAGUAUUUCCUGCACAAACUGGAAGAUUGCGAACACAAUCCCUUGCAAGUCGGGCAAAUAUUCCUAAAAUACGACAAAAGGUUUUAUUUAUAUGCCCUAUAUAACAAAAAUAAACCCAAGUCGGAUUCGCUCAUGUCUGAAUAUGGAUCUAUAUUUUUUAAGAGUAAGCAAAUCGAAUUGGAAGACAAGAUGGACCUUGCAAGUUACCUGUUAAAACCUGUACAGAGAAUGGGUAAAUACGCAUUGCUUUUGCAACAAAUAAUGAAAGCUUGCACCCCUCACAAUCUGAACAUUGGAGAUAAUAAUAGAAUAAUUACUGAACUGGAAGAUCUUAAACUUGCCGAAGAAAUGGUGAGAUUCCAACUAAGACACGGAAAUGACCUAUUGGCCAUGGAUUCUAUUAGAGAAUGUGAUGUUAAUCUAAAGGAACAAGGAAGGCUACUACGACAAAACGAGUUUUUGGUUUGGGAAGGCAGAAGUGGAAAGAAGUCGCUUCGACAAGUUUUCUUGUUUGAAGAAUUAAUAUUAUUCAGUAAAGCCAGAAGGUUCCCAGAUAGAAAGAAUCUAGACUUAUACAUCUACAAGAAUAGUAUUAAGAUGACGGAUAUAGGUCUAACAGCAAAAAUAGGCGAUAGUCCAACCAAAUUCGAAAUUUGGUUUAGAAAACGAAAACCCAACGAUAUUUUCACUUUGCAACCUGUAUCAGAAGAUGUUAAGAAAGCUUGGACGGAGGAAUUAUCUCAGUUGCUUUGGAGACAAGCCAUUAAGAAUAGAGCUGUUAGAAUGGCAGAGAUGUCCUCAAUGGGUAUAGGAAACAAACCAUGUCUUGACAUUAAACCCAGCCAAGAUCAAAUUAACGAUAGAUCUAUUAGUUUUGCUCAACUCAGUCGAACUGCUCCAAGAUUUAGAAACUCAAUCGCAGGUUCGGUGACCGAAUCUUGCAGAAGUUCAAAGCGUCCUCACUCCGUGAUUUCAAUGUCGAGCGUCUCUUCAGGGAGUACCAGCUCCGCAGGAUCAGCAGGAACUCCAACUGGACCUGUUAACUCCAGUCUAAGCUUUGAAUCGGGCUGCGAAAGCCCGAAGCCUUACCACAGAUCUGCCACACUUAAUAGCCAAUGUUCCAUGGAGAGUGGGAUAAUUGCUGAUAUGUCGAUGGGUUCAGACGAGUGUUCGGAACAAGCACAAACUGGUCUCUAGGAAAAUCAAUUUUGUUAUUAUAUUAAUUUGGCUGUUUUAAGUCAACACACACCAUGUGCCAGAUAUCUACCAAUUAGUUUAAGUUAUAUAUUUUUAUCAUAUUUUUACAAAUAAGUUUUAUAUUUAAUAAAAAAAAUUACAAAAUUUGUAGAUAUAUUAUCAGUUACAUUAUAAUUUAUUUUGUUUAAUAUGUUUUUAAUAUUUAAAAAUCAUAGUUUAUAUGCUUUAACAAUAAUAAAUCAUAAUAUAAGUCAGUUUUUGUACCUUAAAAAUGUUUGAGAAACCGUACUUAAAUUCAUUAACUCACAUGUUUUGUUGAUAAAUAUUUUAAAUAAACUAUGAAAUAGCAUUCAGGGAAUUGAUUACACUUGUAUGGUAAUUAUUAAAUUUUCCGUACCUAACUAACAACAAACACUAAUCUUUCUUACAUAGUAUGUGUAACAAAAAUUGUAAACGCAUUAAUAAUUUUUAUAAUACACUAUAAUAGUCAUAUAAAUAAAUAAUCAAAAC